AUGGGGCCAGCUUGUAGUAGGUUUGGCUGGAAUGAGGAACAAAAGUGCAUUGAAGCACAGAAAUCUGUGUUCGAUGAUUGGGUUAAGGGACACCCCAAUGCUCGAGGCCUACUAAAUAAAUCAUUUCCUUACUUCUAUGACUUGAAAAUUAUGUUUGGUAGAGAUAGGGCUACUGGUGGUAGAUGUAAGACACCCAUUGAAAUGGGCUUACAGAUUGCAAGAGAUACUGAGGAAGAUGACAUGGACAUUAAUCUUGAAGACUUUGAUAUUCCAAAUCCACAUGGACUCGAGCCACCUUCAGGGGAGGACAUGUCAUCCACUCCAACAAGUAUGGCACAUGAUGUGGGAUCAUCUAAGCCAAGUAAGAAAAGACGGUCAUAUUCAGAGGACCUCAUGGACACAUUUCGCGCAAGUAUGCGAGAAACUUCCAAGGAAAUUAGAAAGAUUGCUGCAUGGCAGAGAGAAAAAAUGGAAAUAGAAUCAUCCAUACACAAAAGAUUAUAUGCUGAAUUACAGACUAUUCCUGGAAUGGACGUGGAUGAUUGUUUAAUUGUAGUCGAGUCUCUAUUACCUGAUCCCAUAAUGUUGCACACAUUCCUUGACUACCCAGCAUAA